UCCGGGGGAGGCGGGGCCGGUCCGCGGAGGCCCCGCGGCGGCGGCGGCUCAGGCACAGCCGGGACGAGCACUGACGUUGGCAGGGUGAUGCCAGCUUGACCCAGAGCCAUGUCCAGGUACCUGAAGCACUUCACGGUGGUGGGCGAUGACCCCGUGCAGUGGAGCAAUGACUACCAGAAAUGGGAGGAGGAGGAGGACAAUGGGGACAAGCAGCAGGACUCGGAGAUCAAGGUGGAGCCUGCCAGGAGACAGAUCUCCUUCCAGGACAUGAUGAAAAAGCUCUUCAGCUCCCACAGGUUUCAGAUUGGGGUUGUCUGGCUGGUGAUCCUGGAUGCCUUGUUGGUUCUUGGGGAAUUGCUCAUGGACUUGAAAAUCAUCCAUCCGGACAAAUAUAACAUAACCCCAAAGGUUUUCCACUACCUCUCC